AUGCCUCGGCUAGUGUGCUGGGGCUGGGGGAGGGGGGCUCUCAAGAGACUAUUUAUUUCUGGAGAGCCCUUGUCAUGGCUGCUUGAGUAUGUAAGGAUACAGACUGAUGAGCUAAGUUCUCUAAGUUCCAUGGCUACCGCUCGGCGAACGGACGUUUAUUUUGGGCCCAUCCUCGCUGUUGCCGUUGCCGUUGCCGUCCUUCGCCAGCUAGCCACCAAACGCAUGUUGCGUUGCUAG